ACGGUUUCUCUCCUGGUGUGUGAAGUUUUGGCAUUGAUUUUUACGGUAAUUAGGAAGCAUUGAUGGGGCUUCUCGGAAGUCUCGCAAUGCUUCUCUCGUUUCUUUCCAUCCUGUGGUCGCCGGCACUUGGUGCUGUAUCGCAUGCAGUUUCAACCGACCGAGCAAGAUCGUUGGAUGCACUUCUGCAAGAUUAUGCUUACAGGGCUUUCGAUCGGCCACGAACCGGCAUCUCCUACAAUGGAAAGGUCCCCUCGAAUUUAACUGGGAUUACGAUUUCUGCGAUGAGGCUCAGGAGUGGAAGCUUAAGAAACAGAGGUGUUAAUAGCUACAAAGAAUUCGAGAUCCCAACUGGAGUUGUGGUGCGACCUUAUGUUGAGAGGCUUGUUCUGGUCUACCAGAACCUUGGGAAUUGGUCGGCGGACUACUAUCCAGUACCUGGUUACAUGUACUUAGCUCCCGUCGUGGGUCUUCUUGGCUACGACGCUUCGAAUUUAUCUGCAACGAAUCUGGUAGAAUUGAACGUAACGACGUCCGGUCAGCCCAUCUCAGUCAGGUUCUCUGUAGUGAGAUCGGUUCCUGUUGGGUCAACUGCAAGAUGCGUAAGGUUUGAUCUACAGGGCACAACGAUAUUCAGCAAUGUGACAUCUGGUAAUGUCUGUUCGACAAAUGAGCAAGGGCACUUUGGCAUCGUGGCCGAGUCUACUGCGCCCUCUCCUGCGCCUGUGCUACAGCCGCCGCCGGCGUCUCUGCUACCGCCGGCGCAGUCUCCAUCUUCAAAUGGGGGUUUGUCGAACAACGAUAAAAUGUGGUGGAAGAUUGUAGGGUCUGUGGGUGGUUCUAUUCUGGUGUUAAGUCUGUUGCUGAUACUGGUAUUGGGGAUUCGGAAAUACAAGCGACGGAAGGCCAUGGAAGAAAUGGAGGAAAGGUCGGAGUAUGGGGAAGCGCUACAGAUAGCCAAUAUAGGGCCGGUAAGGGCUCCCAUGGCGAGGGGUACCCGGACACCACCAGAAACGGAGAUACAAAAUGUGGAUUAA